UAAUUGAAACAAUCAACAGCUUAUCCCUGUGUAAGGGAAGCAACUCUAACAUCACAAAAAAUAAAUAAUCUUACAUCACGUUUCAAAGCGAUUCAUCUUAAAUUUACAGUUUUUUAACGAUGUCAAAAUCACAUCUCCAUGUCGAUGAUGAUGGCCAGUCAUCAGAAAAACCAGCUUUUCUUUCGUUUCUCACGGGGAAGUGGAUGGAUAUUCCUGAAGCUAAUCAGUUUGGAAAAUGUAGACCUGUGCAAGAGUUCCAAAAAGAAACCAGAAUAGGCGAGGGUACAUAUGGAGUUGUUUAUAAAGCUAAGGAUACAAGAAAUGGUACAACUGUUGCUUUGAAAAGAGUAAAACUACAUCACGAAAAAAGUGGUAUACCGAUCAGUUCAUUAAGAGAGAUCAACAUUUUGCUCAAUCUGCGGCAUGACAAUGUUGUACAGUUGAAGGAGAUAGUGGUGGGUAAAAGUCUUGACAGAAUAUUUCUCGUGAUGGAAUAUUGUGAACAGGACCUGGCUUCAUUAAUUGAUAAUAUGCCGUCUCCGUUCUCAGAGGCACAGGUUAAGUGCAUAAUGCAGCAGUUGUUUCGAGGUAUCAGAUUUUUACAUGAAAACUUCAUAAUUCAUAGAGAUUUAAAGGUAUCAAAUUUACUCAUGACAGAUAAAGGCUCUUUAAAGAUUGCUGAUUUUGGUUUAGCAAGGAAGUAUGAGUUACCAAAUAAGGCAAUGACUCCAAUAGUUGUAACACUAUGGUACAGAGCACCAGAAUUGUUGUUAGGUUCUAAAACACAAACUACUGGUAUAGAUAUGUGGUCAGCCGGAUGUAUUCUUGGAGAACUUCUGGCCCACAAACCGUUGUUGCCGGGCAACUCAGAGAUACAUCAAAUAGAUCUGAUCGUAGAAAUGUUCGGUACACCUAAUGACACUAUAUGGCCAGGAUUCUCGGAUCUACCGGCUCUUAAACAAUUCACUUUGAAAAAGCAACCUUAUAAUAAUCUUCGGCACAAGUUUUCAUGGUUAUCAGAUGCUGGAAUUCGUCUUCUGAAUUUUCUCUUUAUGUACGAUCCGAACAAGAGAGCCACAGCUGAGGAUUGUCUGGACAGUUCCUACUUCAAGGAACAACCAUUAC